UGUGGUGUGUUUUGCGUAAUUUGGAAUACAAUAAUUGUAUUGGCAAGUUUUACUACGUAGACCAAAAUAACGUGUCUUUAGUAAGUUUGAAAAUUGAAAGUGUUAUUCCAGGAUUUAGUAAUCCAGUUGCACUUGUGGCAUUGUGGUCUGUGAAACUGUUUUUGAUAUAAUUAUUAAUAACUCUCUGCGGUCGCUAGAUUUGAGGGAAAGUUCAAGGUCAAUACAACGAAAUUCGACUUUAUGAUCAUCAUACUAGGGUAUUAAACACAAGUUCCUGAAUUUUCUAAUAGAUCCAUCGAAGCUCCGCUCGCACAAGUGUUUUAGUUUCCGAACGACAGUCGCCGUGUGAAUCUUGAUUUGAAAAGAAGCUCAUUUCGUUGGACAAUAAGUAAAAUUUAUCGAUUGUGUACAUAUAAAUGGAAACGGAUGGAAUUCACAUCGACUCUGGCUCUCCAGAAUUAGAUCAGAAAAUUUCUGAAUGGCUUCAGUGGGAUAAGAAUGAAAAUACAUUGAACGAAAUAAGAUUGUUAGUGAAGGAUCAGGAAUGGAAAAUCCUCAGCGGACGUUUAUUGCAAAGACUUGCAUUUGGGACGGCCGGUCUCCGUGGUGUCAUGCAAGCCGGUUUCAAUGCUAUGAAUGAUCUGGUGGUUGUUCAAUCCGCUCAAGGGCUCUGCAACUACAUCCUGGAAUGUUAUCCAACGCCGUUGGAUAGAAAGCGCGGUGUAGUGCUGGGAUUCGAUGGGCGCUACAACAGCAAAAGGUUUGCUGAGCUCAGUGCUUGUGUUUUCCUAACCGCGGGCAUACCGGUAUGGUUAUACAGCCGGACUGUGGCCACACCGUUCGUGCCUUUCGCUAUACAGGAGCUGCAGUGCCUAGCCGGUAUUAUGGUAACUGCAUCUCACAAUCCGAAAGAAGACAACGGAUACAAAGUGUAUUGGACAAACAGCGCUCAAAUUAUUUCACCACACGAUAAAAAUAUUCAAACUCAUAUUCUGCGAAGUUUAGCCCCAUUGGAAUCAUCUUGGAAUCUGGAUUUGUUGAAAUCAGAUCAACUGAAAGAUCCCUACGAUGCAAUGAGCAAACUGUAUUUCGAAAAGCUCGCAGCCAAUGUUCCGGAAAAUUUUGUUACUUCUUAUAAUGCCAAAAGUUCCCAGCGUUUUGUGUACUCGGCAAUGCACGGUGUCGGCUUCCCAUUUGUCGAGCUAGGGUUUCAAACCGUCGGACUACAACCGGUAUUAGCCGUGCAGGAACAGCGGGACCCGGAUCCCGAAUUUCCAACGGUGAAAUUUCCCAAUCCUGAGGAAGGAAAAUCUAGCUUAUUGCUAUCGAUUAAGCUGGCGAACGAGUCAAAUUGUGAUGUGAUUCUAGCGAAUGAUCCGGAUGCGGAUCGGUUAGCAUGUGCAGAAAAGAAUUCGAGCACUGGAGAAUGGCGUGUUUUUACGGGUAAUGAAUUGGGAUCACUGCUGGGGUGGUGGUCAGUUCGAUGUUAUCGAGAACAGUAUCCUGAUAAAAAAUUGGAAGAUUGCUAUUUAUUGGCUAGCACCGUCAGUUCUAAAAUGUGUCGAUCGAUAGCUAACAUCGAGGGAUUAAACUUUGAGGAAACAUUGACUGGAUUCAAAUGGAUGGGUAACAAGUCGGUUGAACUGAUGAAAGAGGGUAAAACUGUACUUUUCGCCUUCGAAGAAGCCAUUGGAUUCAUGUGCACUCCAACCGUAUUGGAUAAGGACGGCGUUAGUGCCGCCUGUCAACUCGCGACGAUGGUUUGCUAUCUACAAGCUACUUCCAAUCAAACGCUGACGGACAAGCUAAAUGAAUUAUACGAUAUUUACGGGUAUCAUUGCACUAUUACAUCGUAUCAUUUUUGCUACGAUCCGGUUGUGAUCGAACGGAUUUUCGAACGAAUACGAACUUUAGAAACGGGAAACCCUGGUUAUCCCAAAGCAAUAAGUGCUGGGAAGUACCCGAUUGCAUCAGUACGGGAUCUCACCACUGGAUAUGAUUCCGCACAGACAGACCGAAAAGCUCAGCUGCCUUCAAGCAAAAGCUCACAGAUGAUAACGUUUUCGUUCGAAAAUGGUGCGGUUAUUACAUUGCGUACCAGUGGUACCGAGCCGAAAAUCAAGUACUACGCAGAAAUGUGCGCAAAGCCAGGCCAGAGAGAUUGGGAUGCAUCGCGAGCGACCCUCCGAGAUAUGGUAGAUUGCAUCGUGGAGGAACUGCUGGAACCUGUCAAAAACAAUCUUACUCCACGGUCGGAGUAAGAUCACUUCUAUCAAAGUGGAAAGUGAAGUUCGAAUAUAGUCAAUCAAACGGGUAAUGCAUUACAUUGGCUGAUUUUCAUAUAUUUCCUGCUCUCUUGUGAUUAUUCCAAUACAUCUACUAGUGACUAGUAGUGAUCUACUUAUACGCUUAUCGUAUAUGUUUCGAGAUGGACACUCAAUGCUUUCGUACAGAAAAUCAAGUACAUUUACAUUGUACUACUUUAUGCUAAUUCACAAUUUAGUUUUAUUUCAUUCGUAAAAUUAAUGAUAAUCUUAGAGCUAGUUGAUGUUCGAUUUAUAAGACUAUGACAAGUAGUCCACGUGCUAAAACGUAUACUGCUGGAAGAGACUAAUUGAAUAUGAUCCAUUUAUUAUCUAAUUUGUUCAUCGAGUAGACCUGCUAAGAGAACGAAAAAACACACGAUUCGUACACCUCCAGUGAAUUAAGAAACUUUUAUUAGUACCAGUUUUAUGUUAUUUUGUGCUACUCGCUAUGAGUAAUGUAAUGUAUUUAAAAAUUAUACUACCGACAAAAUAAUAAACAUGCUUACACUAUGUAACUGAA